AUAAUUUUUUGCAUUACAACCAUCACAUUCCACUGCAUCACUGCAAAAAACUAAACGAAUAACAAAGAGCACCCCUCAAUUCCGUCCUCUUCCUAUCCUAUCAGACUAUCAAUUAUACCUGCAGCAUACAACAUAAACCUAACCGACUAACGAUUAUAGCCAUGGCUACAAAGGGUGCUUACAAACGACUCACCAAGGAGUACAUUAACAUCCAAAAGAGCCCACCAGCCUACAUCUACGCAAGACCACUUGAAUCGAACAUUCUGGAAUGGCACUAUGUACUCAAAGGACCACCAGAUACGCCUUACUAUGGAGGCGAAUACCACGGAAAGUUGAUAUUUCCAUCGGAUUAUCCAUUCAAGCCUCCAUCAAUUAGGAUGACUACACCAAAUGGGCGAUUUCAAGUUGAUACCCGCCUUUGUCUUAGCAUGUCAGAUUUCCAUCCUGCAACCUGGAACCCAAGUUGGAGUGUGGCUACUAUAUUAAAUGGGCUGUUAAGUUUUAUGUCGCAAGACGAGGCUACUACAGGAAGUAUUGUUACCUCAAAUUAUGAAAAGACAGAGUUAGCACGCCGUUCUCAUGCAUUUAAUAUCUCCAAUCCAAAGUUUAAAGAGAUCUUCCCCGAGCUUGUAGCAAUACAGCAGGUACCAUUACAUAUAGCUUUUCCUAAUGCACCUGUCACAGAGGCGCCGCCAGUUCGAGUAACCACGACUCCGCACCAAGGGAUUAUUCAAAGAAAAUCAGCCACAGGUGCUCAGCGUGCAGUCAUGGUUGGAACAGCGACACAGCAGGGCCAAGGAGUGGAUGCAGUAGUAGCAACGGGAGCAACAGGAGCAGGAGGUAACUUGGCAGCAGAUCGGGCUGCGCGGAGAGCGUCAUUAUUCUCAAUGAGUCAUUGGCACAAGUGGUUGGCAUUCUUCCUUGUUUUUGCAUAUCUUAUUAUAGCCAAGACCAUUACUCGUGCUACUGCAUCGGCUUCGACUUCAUCAUCAUCACUUUGAAAGAGUAAUUCAUCGAUUUAUGCUGACGAUAAAUUGUCUUUGAUGGAAAAGAAGCCUCGGGUGUAGCAGGUAGUUCAUACCCAGUCUUUUAUUGAAGAGAAAAGGAAAACCCGUG